AUGGAGGCAAUAACUGAACGAAUAUUCACAGAAACUUCACUAGAUUCAGCUUCAAACGAUGACCCUUCGUUAUUAACCAUAAUAUUAGACGUCUCACCGAUUGGUUGGUACAAUCUACGAAAUCAAGUCACCUUACGAGACGUUACAAAAUCAUUGCUAGUAUUUUUAAACAGUCAUCUAUCAAUAAAUAAUUCAAAUCAAGUUGCAUUCAUUGCAAGUUCACCAUAUCGUUCUAAAUUCCUAUACCCCAAUCCCAAUGCUACUAGCAAAAGCUCAAAUAUUUCCAAAGGAAUGUACAGACAAUUCAAGAAUGUUGACGACGUUGUUUUAAGUGAAUUGAAUAAGUUCAUUGAAAUCACUAGUAAAAAAUUGCAGGAUGAUUCAAAAGGCAAAAAACACCUUUCCUCCACAAUUACUGGCGCAAUAAGUUUGGCUUUGACAUAUACAAAUAGAAUGCUAACGCUAGAUCAAAGUAUUAGUACAACAACAGCCUCAGCGAUAACGACAUCAUCUACAUUAAAUCCUACAAAUCAAAUAAAUUCUUCAUCAUCAACAACAGCUCAAUCUACAGCUUCAAUGAAGUCCCGCGUAUUGAUAGUGUCUGCAAAUGAUAAUGAUGAUUCAUUAAACUAUAUUCCUUUAAUGAAUUGUAUAUUCACCGCACAGAAGUUAAAAGUAUCAAUAGAUAUCUUGAAAUUGGGUAACAAAGAUUCAUCAUAUUUACAGCAAGCAAGUGAUGCAACAAAUGGAAUAUACUUAAAGAUUAUUGACCCAAAUGGUAUAAUACAAAUAUUGUCUACAGCGUUUUUCAUAGAACCUAAUUUAAGACCAUACGUAAUAUUGCCAACAGAUACGCAAGUUAAUUACAAAGCAAGUUGUUUCUUAACCAAAAAACCAGUUGAUUUAGGUUAUGUCUGUUCAAUUUGUUUAUGUAUUAUGAGCUAUAUACCGUCGGAAAAUAAAUGUCCAGCUUGUUCAAGUGAAUUUGACUCUAAAAUUGUUCAACAAUUGACCAAAGAUCCUCAAAUCAUAAUAAAUAAGAAAAAAAGGAAACUUGAUAAUUCUGUUAAAGAAGUUGGUUAG